AUGUCUCUCUUCGAUCAUGCUACCGAAAUCGACCAGCUUCGGCGACGGACUGUCGGUUUUCAACACAAAAUUCUUUACGAUGUGUUCAUCGUUUUCAUUGACGAAGGCGCUGGCCUCGAUACUAUGUACAGUUCUAUCAUCCUCCAAACAGCCCACCGGGUCGACUCCGCGGCCGGGAAGCUUAUGAGCUCCUUCGAACUUGAUCCAUCAUCGUACAAUGCCGCAAAAGAGGGCGAUUCUGCUGUCACUGGAAUCCUAACAAGAGCCCGGGAUCAUCCGAACUUUGAGGAGAGAGUCUGGUGA